GAGGAGGGAAGGGGAAGGAGGGGAUGGUUCUGGGGUCCCAGAACUGAGUGGAGCUGAGACGGGUGCUGUAGCUGGUGGGAGGAAGUCCUAGAGGCCAUGGACACUCAACCACUGGGAUCACCGAGAUGAGCAGCAGCUGCUCAGGGCUGAGCAGGGUCCUGCUGGCCGUGGCUGUAGCCCUGGCGUCUGCCGCCUCCCCCUGUCCCCAGGCCUGGGGCCCCCCAGGGGUCCAGUAUGGGCAGCCUGGCAGGUCCAUGACACUGUGUUGCCCUGGAGUGACUGCUGGGGCCCCGGUGUCCUGGUUUCGGGACGGGGAGACAAAGCUGCUCCAGGGACCUGACUCUGGGCUGGGGCAUGAACUGGUCUUGGCCCGGGCAGACAGCACUGACGAAGGCGCCUACAUCUGCCGGACCCUGGAUGGUGCACUUGGGGGCGUUGUGACCCUACAGCUGGGCUACCCCCCAGCCCGCCCUGUUGUCUCCUGCCAAGCAGCUGACUAUGAGAACUUCUCCUGCACUUGGAGUCCCAGUCGGGUCAGCGGUUUACCCACCCGCUACCUCACCUCCUACAGGAAGAAGACUGUACCAGGAGCUGAUGGCCUGAGGAUGAGUCCAUCCACAGGGCCCUGGCCAUGCCCACAGGAACCCCCAGGGGCUGCCCGCUGUGUAGUCCGUGGGGCAGAGUUCUGGAGCCAGUACCGAAUAAAUGUGACUGAGGUGAACCCCCUGGGGGCCAGCACACGCCUGCUGGAUGUGAGCUUGCAGAGCAUCCUGCGCCCUGACCCACCCCAGGGGCUUCGGGUAGAGUCAGUACCCGGCUAUCCCCGCCGCCUGCAUGCCAGCUGGACGUACCCUGCCUCCUGGCCCCGCCAGCCCCACUUCCUGCUCAAGUUCCGACUGCAGUACCGUCCCGCGCAGCAUCCAGCCUGGUCCACGGUGGAGCCGGCAGGAUUGGAGGAGGUGAUCACGGACGCUGUGGCUGGGCUGCCCCAUGCUGUACGGGUCAGUGCCCGGGACUUUCUGGACGCUGGCACCUGGAGUGCCUGGAGUCCUGAGGCCUGGGGGACUCCGAGCACCGGGCCCCUGCUGAAGGAGAUACCAGCUGGGGGACAGCCACAGAAGCAGCUGGAGGAGGAGCCUCAGGCAGGCAGCCCAGCUCCCCCCAGGCCCUCCCUCCUGCCAGACCCACGGCCACUUGACCACAGAGACCCACUGGAGCAGGUAGCAGUGCUGGCAUCUUUGGGAAUCUUCUCUUUUCUGGGACUGGCAGCUGGGGCCCUGGCACUGGGGCUCUGGCUGAGACUGAGACCAGAUGGGAAGGAUGGACCCCAAAAGCCUAGGUUCUUGGCUCCAGUGAUUCCAGUGGACAAGCUUCCAGGGCUGCUAUUUCCUAUGGCUUCUAAGCCCUGGACAGAGAAGCUGGAGAGACAGGUGGUGUAUGAUGUGAAGACUGAUGGUACAGUGACUGAGGGAGACCAAGAAAUCAGUAUGCUGAGAAGAAGAGUGGUGCUGUUCAGGAGGCCAUGGAAGACAGAGAGAGAUGAACAAACGGGUAGAAUCUUUGGAAGCAGCAAGUGUGUGGGUUGCAGUCGUCCUGCUUGUGAGGCUGGAUGGUAGAGAGUGAGAGGAAGAGUGAUGGUGAGGGGGAGGGAGUCCGUGAUGGUGCUGUGAUGUGUAUGUGGGGCUGUAGCUGUCUCUUGUUUAUGGCCUCCUGAAGCCUUCAUUUUUAUAUCCAGAAAUUUCUUCCUUUCUGUUGUGUAAUAAAGAAUUUGACUGGU